AUGGCUGACGAUUCUAGUUCUAGUGAAUAUUCUUCAGAUGAAGACCUAAUUUAUAAUACAUUUGUAAAUCUUAUAGAAAAAACUAUUAAAAAAGUAAAGCCAGUCACACCGGAAAUACAAUUGCCAACAUAUACAGAUGAAGAAAUUGAAAAAUUAAUAUCCUACAUGAAAAAAAUAACAAUAUUAUUUGCAUUGAAUGAAAAAGAUUGGGAUGAUGAUUGUUAUAGUAUUAUGAAAAAAUGGUUAAUUGAUGUUACAGAAUGUUUAUUAAUAAUAUUUUAUGAUGGUGUCACAUUAAAAGCACGUUUAACAUUUCCAUUAACACCAAUAAAUGAUUUAAUAUAUUUUGUACGUCAACCAAUGCAUAUAUUUAGUAUUGAAAAAUUUCAUGAUGAAAUUUCAUUUGGUUCAAUGCAUGAAGAUAUUGAUGGUUCUCUCUUAAAAAUAUUAAAUUUUAUUUAUGCACCAUUAUUUUACCAAUAUACUGAAUGGAAUGAAAAUGUUCGUGCUAAAUUUCGUUCAGGAUUAAAUAAAUUUUUAUCAUUAUUAAUUGAUUGGCAUUAUAAAAUAUCUGGCAUGACAGUAUUAUUUGUACCAAAUACAGUACAAGAUUGGGAUAUUGAGAAAGCUGCAUUAGAUAGAAAAUUAACAAAAAAUCUAGAAGAUAUUGCUAUAAUGUGGGGUAAACAAAUAAGAUUAUGUUUAGAAGAUAAGCAACAAUUGGUACCAAAAGAUUUAAUAUGUCCAAUAGAUGAAUAUGAAUUUUGGUUGUAUAGAUAUGAAGUUCUUCAAGGAUUAUAUUUGCAAUUAGUUAAUAAAGAUUUACAAAAAAUUAUUGAUGUUUUAAAGAAAGUACAAUCAGUUUAUGUAAAACAAUUAGAUCAAUUAAUGAAUGAUGUAAAAAAUGAAAUGGAUAUUUCAAAAUCAAAUAUUAAAUAUCUUCAAUUAAUUGUUAAACCAUGUAAAGAAUUAGAAAAAAUUGAAAAUCCAUCAAAAAUACCACCAAAUUUAUCAAAAAUAAUUCAUAUUUUUCGUUAUAUAUGGUUAUAUUCAGAUUAUUAUAAUACUAAAGAAUUGAUAACAGAUUUAUUCCGUGAUUUAUCAAAUCAAAUUAUAAUUUAUUGUAGAAAGCAAAUAAAUAUUAAUAAAGUAUUAGAAGGUAAUCCGAGGUUUGGUAUAAAAAUGUGUAAUAUGGCUAUUGAUUGUUGUAUGGCAUAUAAACAAAUUUAUAACAAAAUUUCAAUUGAACAUAUUAAACGUAAUCCAGAAAUUGAUUGGAAUUUAGAUAAUGCAAUGAUUUUUAAUCAUAUUAAUGCAUUAAUUGAAAGAUUAUAUGAUGUUAUAGAUAUUAGUGAAUCAAUGAUUGUUUUUAGUCGAUUGGAUGAAACAGAAGAUAUACCGAAACCAAAAUUUGGCGGUGUAAAAGGUCCCGAAUUCGAAUUAAUCUUCGAAAAUGUAGAAAAAAUGUUUCAAAAUGAAAUGAAACGUAUUAUAAAUAAUUCAAAAGAUAUUAUAUUAAAUGUACAUAGUAAACAAUGGUAUGAUGAUGUUUUAAAAUAUCGUCAUAUGGUUAGUAGUAUUGAAGAAAUACUACAGCGACUUAUAUCAGAUGUAUGUUUGAAUAUAUGUAAUAUUGAAGAAGGUAUUGAAGUUUUAGCUUCAUUAUACUUCUUUUGUUAUAAAACAUCAUUGAAAAAAUCUUUUGUACGGCAAACAAGUGAAAUUUGGCAACAAUUUUUAACGGAAAUUGAAGAAACAAAUAAAAAAUUAAUACAAUUUGCAAGAUAUCGUGAAUCAUGGAUACCACAAUAUUCAUCGAGGAUCAUUCGAAUUAAAAUAAGUUUGGAACGAUUAAAAUGGAUUUAUAAUCGCUUAGUAAAUGCGUAUUGGUUACCACAAGUUACCAUUGCUGUAACAGCAAUUAAUGAAUUUUUACAAUUAGAAGUUGAUUAUAAUAAGACAAUUAAGAAAACAUUUGAGGAUUGGUCUGAUUCCGUUGGUCCAAAUAUAAUGAAUAAAUUAGAAAAAUAUUUAAUUCGUAAAAGUAUAAUAAAUAUUGGAUUGUUAGAAUGUAAUAUGGAUAUGGACAUUAUGUUUAUAUUAGAUGAAGCAAAAUUUAUGGAACAAUUAGGUCUUACAAUACCGCAAAAUAUAAUGCCAUUAUAUUCGAAAUAUCAAAAUAUAAAAUUUAUAUAUAAUUCAGUAUGUCAGGUAUGUUAUGAUUAUAAUAAAAUUAUUGAUGCAUUAUAUCCAGAUGAGAAAAAACUUUUCAAAAAAUUAAUAAAUGAAAUGGAUCGUAAAAUUGCUCCCGGUUAUUUAAAAUUAACGUGGAACGGUGAAAUGAGUGAAUCAUAUAUUGCUGAUUGUGUUAAACAUACAUCAGAAUUACAAGAAUUUCUUGAUAUUUAUAAAAGAGUAAAUAAAAAUAUAUGUCGUAUAUGUGAAGAAAUUUGUGAUAUGCCAAUAUUAAAAGUUUUACAAAACUCAAUUGGUACAUUACAAAAUUUAAUAAAUAAUAUUCAAGAAUAUAGAGAGAAAACUAUAAGAAUUUUAAAGAAUUUACACAAAAGUAUUGUUGAAUUAAUUCAAACAGUGUUUGAUCGUGGCUUUGAAUCGGUUCAUAGUAAGAUGAUAAAUGAAUGGUCGAAUUAUGUUAGAAAAUUUGAUAAUAUGCUGGAAUGUGCUAUACUUAUAUGCGCAAAACAAUCAAUGACAAAUAUACUUGAUGGUAUAAGACAAGAAGGAAGUGUUACAAAAUCUCCAAUAAUAUCAAUGGACAUUGAUUUAAUUGAUCGAAAGGUCACAUUUACACCAUCUUACGAUUUAAUAUUAAAAUAUUUUUCUGAUGUUCACUCCACUGUUAUAAGAUCAUUUGAAAAUUUUUCUCGUUUACGUAGUAAAUUUUCAAUUUACGUUAGUGAAGAAGCGGAUUUUCAUAAAUUAAUAUUAAAAAAUGAUGAAUCACAAGAAACUAUUACUAUUUUGCAAUUUAUUGUAAUUAAUUCAAGUAAAUUAAAAUAUACAAUAUUGGGACAUGUUGAUGAAUGGCAGAGUCGUUACAUUGCAUUAUUACAAAAGAAGUCAACUGAAGCAAUACAAGCUAUUUACGAUUAUAUGGAAUCAAAUGCAAGAGCUGUUCUUACAAUACCAAGAACAUUAAGUGCUAUUAAAACAUCUAUUCAGCUCUAUAAUAAAUUAAUCAAUGAAAUAUCAAUAAAACAAUCAGAAUUUUCACCAAUUUAUGAUUUAUUUAAGGUAUUAGAUAAAUAUGAAAUACCAGUUGAAAAAUCAGUACGUGUUAUGGUAAAUACAUUGGAAGUUGAAUGGCAAAAUUAUAUUAAAAAAUUAGCUGAGGCCGAUGAAAUGUUAGGAAAUUCUAAAGAUGAAUUUAAAGGAGAAUUACUCAAACAAGUAGAUAAAUUUAAAAAUAUUAUUAAUGAAAUGACAAUGGAUUUUAUUGAAAAAGCACCUAUCACAUCAAAAACAACAACAAAAGCAGCUGUUAGAUAUUUUGAAAUAAUUAGAAAACGUAUUAAUAAUCUCUACGAGUUCGAGGAAUGUUUACUAAAUGAUUUAAAUUUUUUUAAUGUUAUGAUUUUUGAAAAUUUAGAAUUGAAAAAGCUUGAUAAAGAAUUAAAAAUAUUAGAAGAAGUAUGGAAUUUAGUGUUAGUUUGGGAAGAUUCAUUGAAUAAAUGGAGAUAUGAUAAUUUUUGGGAAAUAAAUAUUGAUGAAAUGGAGGAUAAAGCAGUUACAAUAUACAGGCAAUUUAAUCAACUAUGCAAGAAAUAUAAAGAUAAAAAUUUGGAAAUUUUGGAGACAAAACGUAAAACAGUUAAUGAUUUCCGUAGAACAUUACAAAUGAUAACAGCUUUGAAAAAUCCAUCAAUGAGGAAAAGGCAUUGGGAUAAAGUGAAAUCUUUAAUGAAAGUAAAUUUUAAUGAACAUUCACCAGAAUUUAAUAUUGAUGCACUAAUAUCAAUGGAUUUUCAAGCAUAUUCCGAUGAUAUACAAGAUAUAUCAAACUCUGCUACAAUGGAACUUCAAAUUGAAAUGGGUAUUAAGAAUAUUGCAGAGAUUUGGAAAACAAUAACAUUUGAAAUGAUUUUACAUCAUGAUGAGAUUUAUCGUAUUAAAAAUGUUGAUGAUUGUUUUCAAGUAUUAGAAGAACAUGCUGUACAAAUUUCAUCAAUGAAAUCGACACGAUUUGUUGAACCAUUCGCUAAAGAAGUUGAUAAAUGGGAGAAAACUUUAUCUUAUAUAACAGAAUCAUUAGAAAAAGCUUUGGUGGUGCAAAGACAAUAUCUUUAUUUGGAAAAUAUAUUUUUAGGUGAAGAUAUUAAGUUACAAUUACCACAAGAAGCCGCAAAUUUCGAUAGUAUUAUUGCCGAAUGGAAAUAUAUAACAAGUAAGAUGUAUUAUGGUGCAACAGCUUUCAAAGCAACACAUUUUCGUCCACCAAAUUAUUUAAUUAAUCGUCUUAAUAUUAUGGAUACAAAAUUAGAAUUAAUUCAACGUGCUUUAGAAGUAUAUUUAGAAAGUAAGAGACAAUUAUUCCCAAGAUUUUAUUUUAUAUCAAAUGAUGAUUUACUAGAGAUUUUGGGAAAUAGUAGACGUCCCGAUUUAAUUCAAAGUCAUUUAAAGAAAUUAUUUGAUAAUUUAUAUAAAUUAGAUAUAAGAAAAGUUGAGGAUCGAAAACGUUUACGUUGGCAAAGUUUUGGUAUGUAUUCAGAUGAUGGAGAAACAGUUGAAUUUCAAGAAGCGAUGUUUUGUGAAGGACCAGCUGAAGAUUGGUUAAAUGUAGUGGAACAAAGAAUGAUACAAACAUUAAAAGUUAAUUUAAAAUCAGUUAAAGAAUCCUUACGAAAUAAUACAAAAGAUAGAGAAAAAUGGUUAAAAUUAUGGCCUGGUCAAUUAUGUUUGACAUGUGCCCAAAUACAAUGGACGACUAAUUGUACUAGAAGUUUAAUCCUUUGUAAGACACUUGAUUCAAAGAAACCAUUAAAGAAAUUAAAAAAGAAACAAAAUCAAAUAUUAGUUAAGUUAUGUGAAAGUAGUAGAAAAGACUUGCCAAAACUUUUAAGAUUAAAAGUAAAUACAUUAAUAACAAUUGAAAUUCAUUCACGUGAUGUGAUUGAAAGAAUGUAUAAAGCAAAUUGUCGUGAUGUUAGUAACUUUGAAUGGUUCUCUCAAUUACGUUUUUACUAUGAUCGUAAUUCCGAUCUAUGUGUUAUUCAUCAAACAAAUACUGAACAUACAUAUGGUUACGAAUAUACCGGAAAUUCUGGUAGAUUAGUCAUAACACCAUUGACGGAUCGUUGUUAUAUAACACUUACAACAGCUUUACACUUAUAUCGUGGUGGAAGUCCAAAAGGACCCGCUGGAACAGGCAAAACUGAAACUGUUAAAGAUUUAGGAAAAGCAUUAGGAAUCUGGGUGAUUGUGACUAAUUGUUCAGAAGGCUUAGAUUAUAAAAGUAUUGGGAAAAAUUUUUCUGGUUUAGCACAACAAGGUGCUUGGGGAUGCUUUGAUGAAUUUAAUAGAAUUAAUGUUGAAGUAUUGUCCGUAGUAGCACAACAAAUUUCAUCAAUUUUAUCAGCUUUAAUGGCAAAAAAAAAAAAAUUUGUAUUUGAAGGGACAGAGAUUAAAUUAUGUCGGGAAGUUGGUCUUUUUAUAACAAUGAACCCCGGAUAUGCUGGGCGUACUGAAUUACCAGAUAAUUUAAAAUCUAUGUUUCGGCCAAUUGCAAUGAUGACACCGGAUAAUGCUAUAAUAGCAGAAAAUUUAUUGACAAGUGAUGGUUUUGAAAAAGGAAAAAAUUUAGCUAAAAAAGUUUUUAUCUUAUAUGAACUAGCAAAACAACAAUUGUCUAAGCAAUGUCAUUAUGAUUUUGGUUUAAGAUCAAUGGUUGCCUUGCUAAGAUAUGCAGGGUUAAAAAGACGUCAACUACCAAAUACUAAUGAAGAAGAAAUUAUAUAUUUGGCUAUGAAGGAUAUGAAUGUAGCUAGAUUAACAUCAAAUGAUCUUCCACUAUUCAAUGGAAUCAUGCUUGAUAUUUUUCCAGGUGUUACUAUUCCUGUUAUAGAUUAUAGUAUAUUUCAGGAAUCAAUUGAAUUGGAACUUACCACAAAUAAUUAUCAAGCAAUACCAAUAGCGAUCAAAAAGAUUAUAGAAUUAUAUGAGACAAAAAAUUCAAGACACUCUACAAUGUUGAUUGGUGAUAGUGGUUCGGCAAAGUCUGUAACUUGGAAGGUAUUGCAGGGUGCAUUUAAUCGUAUGAAAGCCAUAAAUAAGGAAGGAUUUGAAAAUAUUGCUGUAUAUCCAAUUAAUCCAAAAGCUUUAAGUCAAGCUGAACUUUAUGGUGAAUAUAAUUUAACGACCGGUGAAUGGUUAGAUGGGGUAAUUAGUAGCAUAAUGCGUUCUGUUUGCGCUGAAGAAACUCCAUCAUUGAAAUGGAUUUUAUUUGACGGUCCAGUUGACGCUGUAUGGAUAGAAAAUAUGAAUUCUGUAAUGGAUGACAAUAAAAUAUUGACACUUGUUAAUAGUGAAAGAAUAUCAAUGCCCAAUACAGUAUCUUUAUUGUUUGAAGCAGCUGAUUUGGCUGUAGCUUCACCAGCUACUGUUUCCAGAUGUGGUACAGUUUAUAAUGACUAUAAUGAUUUUGGUUGGAAGCCGUAUGUUAACUCUUGGUUGACAAAACAAAAUCCAAAAGAAUAUGUUGCCUUGCUAACUGAUUUAUUUGAUAAAUUUACUGAUAAAUGUUUGGAAUUUAAAAAACAAAACUGUCGAGAAACGGUUCCUGUUAAUGAUCUGUGUUCUAUAAUACAACUUUGUAAUUUAUUAGAAAUUUUAGCCAGCAAAGACAUUCGCAUCGUUAGUGAUAAUAUAGAACAUUUAACGGCAAUGACCACAAUUUGGUUUGUAUUUUGUUUGACGUGGUCUGUUUGUGCCACUGUAGAUGAGGAUGGACGUACCAAAUUUGAUGCUUUUAUUCGUGAUAAUGAAAACUGUUUUCCAAUGAAGGAUACUAUAUAUGAUUAUUACGUUGAUCUAAAGCAAAAAAAUUUUGUACCAUGGGAGAAUAAAUUGUCUGAAACGUGGAGAUAUCUCAAAGAUACACCUUUUUAUAAAAUUGUUGUACCAACAGUUGAUACAGUACGAUAUGAAUAUUUAGUCUUGAAUCUCUUACUGUCGGAUAAACCGAUAAUGUUGGUAGGUGGUGUUGGAACAGGUAAAUCGUCGACUGCUGCAAGCGUAUUAGAAGCAAUAGAUAAAGAAAAAUAUACUGUUUUAUCCAUCAACAUGUCAGGUCAAACUACAGCGCCUGGACUUCAAGAAUCAAUUGAAAAUAAAACAGAAAAGUGUACUAAAGUUUUAUUUGCUCCACCUGGAGGAAAAAAAAUGAUAGUAUUUAUGGAUGACUUUAACAUGCCUAUUAAAGAUGAGUAUGGAUCCCAGCCACCUUUAGAGUUAGUGCGUCAGUGGUUAGAUUAUAAAUUUUGGUAUAACAGAAAAAAUCAACAACGUGUUUACGUAUCCAAUUGUACACCAAUGUCAGCAAUGGGAGAGCCCGGUGGUGGAAGGCAAGUCAUUUCGUCUCGAACUUUAAGUCGUUUUAGUGUCAUCAAUGUAAUUUUUCCCAAUUUUGCAACAAUUAUAAGAAUUUUUGGCACAAUUUUAAAACAGAAAACCAGCGAUUUUAUGAAUGAUAUUCGUUUAAGCUGGAAAUCAAUGGCUGAAGCAACAUUUGAUUUGUAUAAUUCGGUAAAAUCAAAAAUGUUACCGACUCCCACUAAAUCCCAUUAUUUAUUUAAUUUACGUGAUAUAUCAAAAAUAUAUCAAGGUCUUCUAAGAAGUAAUCCUGAAUCUCAAAAUACAAAAUUGGCUAUGCUGAAACUAUGGGUACACGAAUGCUUUAGAGUUUUUUGUGAUCGAUUAGUUGACAAACUAGAAAUAGAUUGGUUUCUAAAUCAGGUAAGUAGCACGUUGGGAAAAUAUUUUGGAUUUGAAUAUAACGACGUAUGCCCAGAUAAAAGGUCUCCAAUUUUUGGCGACUUUAUGAGUGCUAGCGGUUAUUAUGAAGACUUGUGCCCAAGAAAUAUCGAUGACUUAAGGCAAUUUUUAAUAGCUCAACAAGAAAAUUAUAAUAUAUCCCCUGGGAUGGCUAGAAUUGAUCUUGUAUUUUUUAGAGAAGCUAUUGAACAUAUUACAAAAAUUGUCCGAAUAAUCUCACAACCUAGAGGUCAUGUUCUUAAUAUCGGAAUUGGAGGUUCUGGUCGGCAAAGUAUGACUAGUAUGGCUACAUUUGUAUGUGAGUUGAAUAUGUUUCGAAUCGAAGUAACUAAAAAAUAUAAAACACAAGAAUUUCGAGAAGAUUUGAAAAGUCUAUACAAAAUAACUGGAGUUAAAAACAGAGGCACUGUUUUUUUAUUUAAUGAUGAGCAAAUAGUUGAAAAUAAUUUCUUGGAAAUUUUAAACAAUAUUUUGAGUACAGGCGAAGCUAAUUUAUUCAAAAUUGAGGAAUUCGAAGAGCUUAAGAAUGAAAUAGAGCCUCUAGCUAAAAAAAAUAACGUAAUUUUAACUACGGAAUCAAUGUAUAAUUUUUUUAUGUUAACAGUAAGAAAUAACUUACAUCUUGUACUGAAUUUAACACCUGUGGGAGAAAAUUUUCGGCUUUAUAUUAGACAGUAUCCUGCUUUGAUAAACUCAACAACAUGUAAUUAUUUUAGAACUUGGUCAAAAGAAGCUCUUCUGGAAGUUGCAGAAAAAUUCCUGUAUGAUAUUAAGCUCAAUAUACCCACUCCAUCUGUGUUACUACAAAUUAAUCGUGAUAGUUUUAUUAAAAGUACUGAAAACCAAAUGAGAAUUGAUAUUGCCCAUAUUUUCUCCGAUAUUCAUUUAGGUGUAAGAGAAACUUCAAACAUAAUGUUAAAUGAAAUGAAGCGUUAUAAUUAUGUAACGCCAAUGAAUUAUUUAGAACUUGUAGCAGGAUUUCAAGAUUUAUUGAAAAAAAAACGAUCAGAAAUAUCAAAAUAUGCAAAUCGAUUACGAAAUGGUUUAUCUAAAAUAGAAGAAACAAGUGAAAAAGUUGGAGUUAUGUCAGAAGAGCUCAAAGUCAGUCAGAUACAAGUUGCUGAGUUAGCAAUUCAAUGCGAACAUUUUAUUGUUGAAAUUAACACUCAACAAAAAGAAGCCGAAGUUAAAAAAGCUGAGGUUAUUGCGAAAAGUCAGGUAAUAGAAUUUGAGGAACUUGAAUGCAAAACUUUAGCUGAAGUUGCUCAAAAAGAUUUGAAUUUGGUUUUACCGAUGAUUGAUGAUGCAAUUAGCGCUUUAGAUGCACUAAGUAAAAAGGAUAUAUCUGAGGUAAAGUCAUAUGGUAGACCCCCAGUAAAAGUAGAAAAGGUAAUGGAAGCUGUAAUGGUAAUUCUAAAUAAAAAACCAGAUUGGGAAACAUCAAAGAAAACACUAGGAGAACCAAAUUUUUUGAAUGAUUUAAAAAAUUUUGAUAAAGAUAACAUUCAAGAAAAAACAUUAAAGAAACUAGUUGCAUAUACAAGGGACCCUGAACUUGAGCCAAAUAAAGUAGGUGUGGUUUCAUUUGCAUGCAAAUCUUUAAUGCAAUGGAUUUUAGCAAUAGAAAACUACGCUAAAGUGUACAGAAUUGUUGUUCCAAAACAAGCUAAACUAAAUGAAGCUUUGGAGUCUCUUAGAAUGAAACAAAUAAUGCUGGAAGAGGCACGUCAACAAUUAUCUGAAUUAAUACAAAAAUUAAUAAAAUUACAAGAAGAAUUUGACCAAAAGUCUAAAGUUUUAAAUGCCUUAAAAGAAAAUGCCCAUAAAUUAGAGUUGCAUUUGGAACGCGCAAAGUUUUUGGUUGAGAGUUUAACUGGAGAGCAGCAAAGAUGGAUUGAUAUAGUUGCAUCACUUGACAUCCAAUUUUCUCAUUUACCUGGGAAUUGUUUAAUUGCUAUUGGAUUUGUAUCAUAUUUGGGUCCAUUUGAUAUAAAAUAUCGACGUAUGUUAUUUGAAACUUGGUCUAAAGAAGUAAUUAAUAGACAAAUUCCCGCUACAGAAGAUCUAAAUAUAAAUCUUUUUUUGAGUGAUGCUGUCACUAUACGUGAAUGGAAUAUUCAAGGAUUGCCAACUGAUGAUUUUAGUACUGAAAAUGGUAUAAUUAUGACUAGCUGUCGUAGAUGGCCUUUAAUAAUUGAUCCACAAAUGCAAGCCCAUAACUGGAUAAGAAAUUUAGAGGAAAAAAAUGAUUUGCAAAUAAUCGAUUUCGGAACAGUUGAAUUUUUGAAGAUUUUAGAGAAAGCAUUGCAAUUUGGCAUGCCUGUACUUUUACAAAAUGUUUCAGAAUUUUUGGAUCCAGUUAUAAAUCCAAUUUUAAAAAAAGUUUUCGCAAUUAGUGGAGGAUUGAAAAUGAUAAAAUUUAACGAUAAAUUGAUAACGUAUAAUGAAAAUUUUAAAUUGUAUAUUCAAACAAAAUUAAGUAAUCCACAUUAUCCACCUGAGAUUUCUUCAAAAACGACUUUGGUAAAUUUUGCUAUUAAAGAAAGUGGGUUACAAGCACAACUUCUGGGUUUGAUUGUACGCAAAGAAAAACCAAUUUUAGAGGAAAUGAAAAACGAUUUAGUUGUAACGAUCGGUAAAAAUAAGAAAACCUUAAUAGAUCUAGAAACUGAUAUUCUUAGAUUAUUAAAUGAAUCUAAAGGGUCUCUACUAGAAAAUGACGAGUUAUUUUUUACAUUAUCUAAAUCGAAAAAAAUUUCUGCAGACGUAAAAGAUUCAUUAAAUACAGCAGAAAUAACAGAAAUUGAAAUUGAUCUCGCUCGACAAGAUUAUGUUCCAGCAGCUAAAAGAUCUGCUAUUUUAUUCUUUGUUUUAAUGGAUAUCUCGAAAAUAGAUCCAAUGUAUCAAUUUUCGUUGAAUUCGUACGUUUUAUUGUUUAUGCAAUCAAUUGAGAGAAGCCCCAAAAGCACUAAUCUUGCUGAAAGGAUUACAAAUAUUAAUGAUUAUCACACUUAUGCGGUUUAUAACAAUACUUGUCGAGGUUUAUUCGAAAACCACAAAUUGUUAUUUUCAAUGCACAUGUGUGUCAAAAUUUUACAGGCAAGUAAUGAUAUUGAUAUGAAUGAAUAUGAUUUUUUUCUAAAAGGUGGUAUUAUGAUGGAUAAACAAGAGUACGUUGAAAAUCCACGGCCAGAUUGGAUUGGUGAAGAGUCUUGGGAUAAUAUAACCAUGUUAGAUAAAAUUUCAGAAUUUCAUGGAAUUGUGGACUCGCUCCAAACAAAUCCCAAACUCUGGCUAGAAUGGUAUUCGACAACGGCUCCUGAAAGUGUACCAUUGGUAGGUGAAUGGGACAAAAAAUUAACCGAUUUUCAAAAAAUGUGUGUCAUUCGUUCUUUGCGUCCAGAUCGAAUAUCUGCUUGUUUAUCGCAAUUUAUUAUAAAUAUCUUAGGUCCAAGAUUUAUAGAGCCACCAGUUCUUGAUUUGGCUCAAGUUCUAGAGGAAUCUAUUGCUCAAAUUCCAUUAAUUUUUGUUUUAUCACCGGGUGUAGAUCCUACUGCAUCAUUGGUUUCUUUAGCUGAAUCAAGCAAUAUGUCAUCAAAUUUAUUUUCAUUAAGUCUUGGGCAAGGCCAAGCACCAAUUGCUACAAAAUUAUUGAUGCAAGGUAUUAAGGAUGGAAGUUGGAUAUUUUUAGCAAAUUGUCAUUUGUCACUGAGUUGGAUGCCGUUGCUAGAUAAAAUUAUUGAAACAUUUCAAUCAACAAAAAUACAUAAAAGGUUCCGAUUAUGGUUAUCAUCUAGCCCACAUCCAGAUUUUCCAAUAUCUAUUUUGCAAACAUCAAUAAAAAUGACAACCGAACCGCCACGUGGUAUUAAGGCGAAUAUGAAAAGAUUGUAUCAAAAUGUUACUGACGAAAAUUUCUUAAAACUUCAAGAUCCAUCAAAAUAUAAGAAAUUAUUAUUUUGUUUGUGCUUUUUUCAUACAAUUUUAUUAGAAAGGAAAAAAUUUUUACAAUUGGGUUGGAACGUUAUUUAUAGUUUUAAUGAUUCAGACUUUGAUGUUUCGGAAUCCCUUUUAACGCUUUACUUAAAGGAGUAUGAGCAAACGCCAUUUGAUGCUCUCAAAUAUUUAAUUGCUGACGUUAAUUAUGGUGGUCAUGUUACCGAUGAUUGGGAUAGAAGAUUAUUAAUCACAUAUGUUAAUCAAUAUUUCAAUAAUAGUGUACUGGAAGUUUCCAAUUACAAUUUAUCUUCUUUAUCAACAUAUUAUGUACCAGGAGAUGGUGAUGUGCUAUAUUAUCAAGAUUAUAUUACUUUUCUUCCUCAAGAAGAUAAACCAGAAGCAUUUGGACAACAUCCAAAUGCCGAUAUUGCUUCAUUAAUAACUGUAACACGUUUUAUUUUUGAAACAUUACAAUCAAUGGAAGUACAAGCUGCAACAACUGAAGGUGAAUCAAGGGAAAGUAAAGUAUUAAAAAUGGCAAAUGAUAUCGAAGUUAAAAUUCCAAUAAAUAUUGAUUAUGAAAAUACUGCAAAAACUAUUGGAUUGAAAAAAAAUCCACUUGAAGUUGUUUUAUUGCAAGAAAUCGAAAGAUAUAAUAUGUUGCUUACUAAGAUUCGAAAUGAUUUACGAGAUUUACAAAAGGGUAUAAAAGGAGUUGUAGUGAUGAGUGUCGAAUUAGAUGACAUAUUUAAUGCUGUAAAUGUUGGUAGAGUACCAAGUGCGUGGCUUAAAACUUAUGGUUCACAAAAACCUUUAGGGUCAUGGUCCAGAGAUUUAAUUCUUCGUGUUGAAGUUUUUAAUUCGUGGUCAAAAACAUUACAACCACCAAAAUUCCAAUGGCUGUCAGCAUAUACCUUCCCAACUGGAUUUUUAACUGCGGUUUUACAAAUAGCUGCACGUGUUAAUGAAACACCAAUUGAUGAAUUUUCAUGGGAAUUUUAUGUAUUUAGUGAAGAUGAAUUACAAAUAGCGCAAACUCAAUUGAAAACUGGAGUAUUUGUUCGUGGUUUAUAUUUAGAAGGAGCCGGAUGGAAUCUUAGAGGACAAUGUUUAAUUGAACCUCAACCUAUGGAAUUGAUUUCUUCAAUGCCAAUUAUUCAUUUUAAGCCAGUAAAAAAUUUAAAAAAGAAAACAAAAGGAGUUUAUAAUUGUCCAAGUUAUUAUUACCCUACUAGAGCUGGAUCAUUUGUAAUAGCAGUUGAUUUGAAUUCUGGUUUAGAGAAUUCUGAUUUUUGGAUUAAGCGGGGAACUGCAAUAUUAUUGAGUUUAGCAACAUAG